ACCAUCUUUGCUCAUCUGAAAGUGGCGGCACGGUCAGCUUCACGGGAAGCAGAGGAGCCCGGCUGCAGGGAGUGUUUUUAUUGUGAUUUCCAUAGUAAUUACACAAAUAAUUACCAUAGGGUAAAAACUGCUAGAAAACGGUGAAAUCUGACAUGUGAGUGCAAGGCACUGGAUGUGUGACUGGAGCCUAGAGUGGCAGGUACUGUCUCAGGUAAUAAGGGGGGCAGUGCCAUGGCUACAUGAGGCCUGGGGUCAGGGCACAGAGGUUCAGCACAUGUGAUUUGUGGAGCAGCAGAGAUCCAAAUGCGAAGUACGUCACUAGUGUUCCUGAGCAUGGCUCGUGUGAGGUGAUGGCAGGAGGAGGAGGGAAGGAUGCUACUAGUGACUGAACUAAGUGACGGAGGGGAGCAGAAAGUGCCUGUGAGCCGAGGACAGCAGCAGGUUACACCCCCUCCCUAGCUGGAGACUGACAUAGGAUUGAGUGCAAAGUAAGCCCCACAGCACCCACCCCCUUUCCCAGCAGAGCAGCCUGCAACCAUUCAUAUCAGCAUACACACGCACAUAGAAAUAUGUAUAUGUGGAGAAUGCCCUGCACGUCGAGGAAGUGUGCCGCCAUUUCAUGGGAGUUACUUUGUAGCCAGUCCUGAGAGGACUCCGUGUGCAAUGAGCCUCUGCUGGACUUUCUCUGCCAGGCUCAUGGUCUUCCCUGUGGGAUCCUCCCCUAGUCUAACCUGAGCUCGUCUCCACAGCGAGGACACCGCAGCCCUACAAAGAGGAAGUCAGUCUCAGGAUGUGGUGUUAUGGAGACUUCCAGGAAACUGGAUUACCGGACCUUUAUUCAAGGCCAGAACGUUUGAACUCCACCAUCAAGCAGCAACACACUCGCAACCCUGCUCAUUCCAGCCAUGAACAAGGUCCUGGGAGAGGACCAAAACAUUGGCGAUUAUCUUAUGUAUUGCUGGUGAGGAUAGGUCAAUGACAUUAAGCCACUACUGCACAACCCAUUUAAAGUGGAUGCUAAACCAGGAUCAAAAUGUGUCACCUAUCUGCAGGAUGGAAGAGAAGAGGAGGAAGUUCUCUGUAAGCAGCGAUGACUCUGACACCACUGAUAGUCACACCACAUCUUGGUCAAGAUGUUCCAAAACACCAACUGCCAAAAACACAUGGACUAGACAAAAGGAGAAGAAACCAUCAGAGGUUUUUCGUACCGAUUUAAUAACUGCAAUGAAAGUUCCAGAUUCCUUCCAGUUUGCACCAGAUGACUUUUACAUAUUGGCUGAUCCUUGGAGGCAAGAAUGGGAAAAGGGAGUGCAGGUACCAGCAGGCUUAGAAGCAGUGCCUGAACCACAUGUCAGGUUGUUCGAAACACAGGAGGAAAUUUCACCAUCAACAGUAGAAGAUUCAUUUCCUGAAAUAGAGCCUCCAAGGGGCUUCCAGACUCUGACACAGAGAUCCUGCAGAUAUGACCUGGAUGAGGUGGACACAUACUGGUUGGAACUUGUUAACACAGAGUUCAGAAAAAUGGAAAUGCCACGGCUGGAUGAGCUCACCCUAGAGAAAGUCCUGGAGGAGUUAGAGAUGCUCUGCUAUAAGAAUAUGAAUGUGGCCAUUGAGACAGAGGAAGGGUUGGGGAUCGAAUAUGAUGAAGAUGUCGUCUGUGAUGUUUGCCGCUCACCUGAGGGUGAAGAUGGAAAUGAGAUGGUGUUCUGUGAUAAGUGCAAUGUCUGCGUGCAUCAGGCUUGCUAUGGAAUCCUUAAAGUUCCCACAGGAAACUGGCUCUGUCGAUCUUGUGCACUUGGCGUUCAAGCAAAAUGUUUACUUUGCCCAAAGAGAGGAGGAGCUUUGAAGCCUACAAGAAGUGGGACUAAAUGGGUCCACGUUAGCUGUGCCUUAUGGAUACCUGAAGUCAGCAUUGGUUGUCCAGAAAAGAUGGAACCUAUUACUAAGAUUUCACACAUCCCUCCAAGUCGAUGGGCCUUGUCCUGCAGCCUGUGUAAAGAAUGCACCGGUACUUGUAUCCAGUGUUCCAUGCUGUCCUGCGUUACUGCGUUCCAUGUUACCUGCGCAUUUGAUCACAACCUAGAGAUGCACACCACCUUGGCAGAGAAUGAUGAGGUGAAAUUCAAGUCCUAUUGUCUGGAACACAGCAAAGGAGCCACCAAACCAGAGGAUCAGUGCAGCCAAAGACCAUCCUCAUCUGUUGCCUCAGCAGAUGCUGACCAAUUACAGCAGGAUCUUGAAAAGGUCACCUUGAGAAAACAGAAGCUCCUGCAACUGGAGGAGGAUUUCCAUGAACUUGUUAAGUCAGAGGAUGUGGCGGAGAACAUGAAUGUGAACAAGAACGUGGUUGACUUUAUUUACCAGUACUGGAAGCUGAAGCGGAAGGCAAACUUUAAUAAGCCUCUUUUAAGUCCUAAAACAGAUGAAGUAGAUGAUUUAGCUCAGCAAGAGCAAGACGUACUAUACAGGAGACUGAAGCUAUUUACGCAUCUGAGGCAGGAUCUGGAAAGAGUUAGGAACUUAUGUUAUAUGAUCACCAGGCGUGAAAAGAUGAAACACUCCAUGUGUCAACUUGAUGAGCAAAUUUUCCAGCUGCAGAUGAAACUCAUUGAGAAAGACCUUUGCCACGAAUCCAGAAAGAAGACGAAAGGAAAAAAAACAAGUUGUGUUGAAAAAAGGGAAAGAAGAGGAAAGAAAUCCGUUUUGGAGCACCCGGAUCUAACAUCAUCAUUCCCAAUAGAUGGAACAUUUUUUAGCAGCUGGUUGGCUCAGCCUGUUCAAAUCACCACGGAGAACAUGAAAAUGACUCAGUGGUCCUUAAACAAUGGCCACAAGGAGCACAAUGCCUCGGGUCUUCUUUCCGAAGAACUGUUACAGGAUGAAGAGACGUUGUUAAGCAUCAUGAUGGAUAACUCACUCAAGUCUCCUUUCGAAAAGAUGGAGGCUGUGAAGAAGGUGAAAGGCAAAAUAAGAGCAAAUGGAAAGAAAAAAACAAGAAACAGUCAUUGCACCAUUCCACAAGAUGACCAACUUGCUUUGUGGAAUGACUUGAAGUGCUUUACAGGUAAAGCAGAAAUGCCUUCCAGCCACAAUCACAAAACCAUCAGAACUGGUAAAGCAUCUGCCAAGGUACAAGUAGAGAAAAAAGGGCACAUUGACAAAAAGACCUUAAAGAAGGGUUCUGCGCAUUUACCUCUGCUGAAGACCAAGGACUCAAAAGGCUUUUCAGAUCUCAGUAAAGUAGACGGUGGAGAAAUAAAAAUGAAACAUGUUCAACCUGAGUCUAAUUCUUCUGUCAAAGUGCCUGACUCACUAGGUUGUGCAAAGUCAGUGGUGAGAGUUAGAUUACCAAAGGCCGGUAUGGAGUCACACAGUGAGAAUUCUGAAAGGGCAAAUGGACUUCAAGUUAAAGAAAUGCCGAAAGGAAAUUCACAUUUAGACGUUGAAACUGAUGGCUACUACUCAGAUGUGGAAAUGACCGACUCUGAGGAAGAAUUGAGUCAAGGAAGAACACCGCUUAAACAGUUUGACCCCUCAAGUGAUGACAUUGUCCGUAUGAGCAUUUUGGCCUCUUAAUGUUCCAGCUGAAAAGAAACUGGAAUGUUUUAUGAUGCCUAAACCGUGACAUGACUGCCAUUUACAACGUUUGCCUGCUUUCAGCAGAGGUGUCUGUCUUAUGUAUAUAUAAUGUGUUUUACAUAUACGCAUAUAUGUAACACGUCUUUCCAGCACAGUUGUCUUUCUCUACCUGUAGACAUAAUAAGCCUCACAGACAUAGUUUAUUGUACUGUAGCUUUCCCUUUGUAGCUAACAUGCCUUUCCCAGCUAAAUGCAAGCAUGUACAUCAAGGGACAUGUUCUUCUUGUUCCACAGCAGGCUGUUAAAAGUUGAUAUGACUACAGCAGUAGUGGUUUUGGGCAUUACAUUUCUGACAGGACAACAGUAGUUUGUUAGGAGUUAAAGUUUCUUGCAUCAUCGCUUAAUGAUACUAAGCGUUAAGUAAAAUAAGCAGACUGCUAAAAGUAGUUUAAAGCACAAAUACAAUGCUUAUUUGAAGAAAGCACUUAUUCUAUGUAGAGGAAGGCAACUUUUGCUAAUGUAAAAGUUUCUCUUGAACUCAUUAUCUUCCGUCCAGGGCUUUUUUGUUGGCCAUGAACAGAUGUAUAUGCAGCAGAAGUGUGUGGCACUAUGAGUCAGUCCAGGCUCUCCUUAUCAAUACAUCUGCUGCGUCUGGUAGUGGAAUAUGCAAACAGCUAUUGGAAGAUAUUGGAGUUGAGUCCUCUUAACAGCUGGUUGGAUUUACUUGCUCAGGUGGACAAACUAGGCUUCAGCUCUGUAGUUUGGCCAAGAGGGGAAAACAUAGGCAUUAGUUUUGUAAGAAGACAUUUUAAGUUCUUAUAAGGGAGCACGUGCGCCAUCUAUACUGGUAAGUAAAGGAUUAGGGUUCUCACAUGUAAUUCAUUAUUACUCAUCUGUAAUAGUGGGUGACUGUUGACAUUCUUCAUAUUGUUUAGCAGUCUCUCUCAUGAUGUAAAGCUGCACCAUAGAACCUUUAGUUUGGUUGAGUUCAGUCCACAUAAAUACUUUGAAUACUUUCAUUCUCUGGUUUUUGUUUUUCACUCCCUAAGGGAGAAAAAUCUGUAGAAAUUGUAUAACAUGGAUUACUGUACAGUUUUUGAGACUUCUAUUUAGAUCAGGGGGCUCCAUAAAAACAAUAAAUAAGCUUAGCAUUUUAAGUCUGGAAUGCUCACAGACUAUCAUAAGAGGACAAUGGACGUAUAUCUAGUAGCAUAUGACCUACAUUGUCAGUGGAGCAGAUGACAAAAAGUGAAAAAUGAUAUUUCUUUUUUAUUUGCAGAUGAUGACUCUUAAUACUAUGGCAAUGCACUAGUAAUUUGAGGAUCAUUAUGUAAACGUCUUGCAGUUAUUUACAGAUUUGAGUAUGACCAUUUAGGCAGCUAUUCUGAUGGCGUUUUGUCCUAAACUCCCUGCGCAGGACCUGAUGCUGACUUUGUAAUGCACUGUACAUAACCUCUUGACUUUUUUUUCUCAUAAUGCUGAUCUCUUCAGUGGCGCUUCCUACUUACUCCAAGGAACAGAGUAACUCCUCCACUCUAAAUACAGCACAGUCCUAUUUUUCAGUUAAGGGGCUAUAUACAGUCCUUAAUGUAUAUAUUCCCUAAUGAUAACUAUCUGAGAAGCUGUAUUUACUGAGAAAAAGGAUCCCAGUGUACUAAUGUACCAUGAUAACUUUACAGACCAAGAAACUUAGAGGUCAUAAAGCGCUUCCAAUUCUGAAAACCCUUCUUACAAUGAGCAUUUACUAUAAGGGUCAUGUCACGAUUGUGAAAUGUUCUUUAUCAUUUCACAGGGCUAGCUCCAACUACCAGCUUCAAUCAUUGUUUCUUAUUGUAUCUAUGUUGGCUUCAAAUGUAUAGAUGUACAUGUCUCAGGUCUUUACCUCGUUUGCACUGCAAUUUUUUUAGAGAGCUGUAAAAAUUCAAGUCAUGGUUUUGUGUAGUCAGUCUGUGUUCUACAAUCCAGUGACGUUGUAAAAAUGACCCUCCUAUUAUCGCGUAGUACUAGUGAUUUGUUUAAUGUGUGAUAAGGUGGUAAGUCCUUCAGUGGAAGGAUGAUAUCCUUUUUGCCUUUGCUAACAAGUAUAGGUGAACUCUAUGCUGUCAGAAGACCCAUGAGGCAUUGAGAGCAGCCGGAAUAUCUAUUACUGUUUACGGUAUGUAUAGAUAUUUAGCAGUCUGUUGUGUUCCUUUUUAUAAAAUGACAAAAAUUGUCAGCAUCCUUGUCUAUUGGGGGCUAUUAACACAUCAGCUGCCACAUGACUAUUUCAGUCCCUCUUAAGCCUUAAACAGUAAUCUUUUAUUUUUCAGACAGUCAUUGAUAAUCAGACAUGCACUUGGAAGUAUCAUUUUAUACCAUUCAAUGGUCACUAAAAGAUUUGAAAUAUUUAAAUUAGUGUGACUCCAAGGUGAGCUCAGGGAAAACCACAGGUCAAAUAAAACUGCAAAAAUGUCAAAACAAGGGGCUUUUCUGCAGCCCACAAACCUGUAGCUUUCUACGAAAGCAAAAGAUGCAUCAGAUAUACCGUAUGUCAAAAUAAAUCACUCAACAGAUGCCAAAGAAUGCUUGUACAUGACUAAGAAUUACAUAAUACUAAUAUGAAUCUUAAGCGAAUAUGUGCAAAUAAACACAAAGAGCAGUUAUUGAAAACUUGGAUCACAUGAGCUCACAAAACCCAAGGAUUCGAGUUUACACUAACCGAGACGUGACAUCUGUGAUGACUGCACCUCCUGCUGGAAUAUUCUCAAAACACAGCUUUAUAUUUUCAGUGAUGGAAGUUUUUCCUAGAAUGCAGUUCAAUAACAACCAUACCAGCAGCUUUUAAGAGUCACAUCUGCACCCUUGUCAAAAAUGUCAUUCCCACUUGUUUAUCUGCAGAUAUAUAAACCAAUGCUUUAGAUCAGUACAACAGUUAUACCCCUUACACUGACAUUGUUAAGUAAGAAGUCAACUAAACAUGCAGGAUGAGCAUUGAAAGCAAGCCAAAUUCAAGUGACUGUUAGUAACUCGAGGAAUCCACCGAGGUGGGAAAGUUCUAUAAAGCUCCGGUCUUCAUUGGGGCAUGUGUGUUAAUACAAUGUUAAAUACAGUGUAGGACUAGUUGAGCUUUACAUGCUUUAUAGUCUUUAGAUACAGUUACUAGUGUAGAUUCCAAACCAAUAAGUAAUAUGCUGCAUUUAAUUGUUCUUGCUUCCUUGUGCUUCAGUUAAACUAUGGUUAAAUAUAUCCACAAUCCACUGCUUUGUGCUUAUAGUGUUACUUGCCUGAACAGUACAGGAACCAGACAGUCUGAGAAUUUCUUUAAAGAACAACUGGCUUUCAACAUGUGUCAUCGCUAAAGGGGACCUCUUCUGUUCACCUCCACAGAUGUGAAGGUUUUACUGAGACAAACUCAUGGGUGACCACUGUAUGUAAGGACCAAAUCAGAAUUACAGUUCUUGCAUUUUUUAGAGUGUUCAAAGAAGUUUUUUUUAUAUACCAUAAUAUGGAAAAAACUUAAAUGUGGCUCUGUAAAUGAGAGAUUCCCUAAUAUAAUGUAUGUAGAAUCAUUCCUAAUCAGAUGAUGAACCUGUCUGCAGUUAGCCAUUGGCAGGAUGCAGUCCUGUUUAAAAAAUGUCAGCUCUUCUGCUGAUGGAUAAACAUGGCAAUAGUGUGGAAUUGGUUUGCAUCCUUUGUCUGCACUGGUUUCCAAAUGCCCCUGUAUAUGAAGAGAUCAGUUGUGAUAAUGAAUAUUAGAGAAUUACAGUUUUAAAAGAUUUUCUGAGACUUUGAUAAGCUGAUUGAAGGGGACACAGUGUUCAUUUUGAAUGGGACUGAGAUGUAGUGAGCUACAAUACCAGGCAAAUCCACUACAAAAUAUACCCCAAACUUUAAAAGGGUCAAAUCCUUCUGUGUACGCUAUGGUUUUAUAAUUGAAAGUUGUAGUUUCAUUUUGUGAAGACUGAGAGGAUAGUUUGUAACCUCCUAUAUGCCAAAUAUAUAUUUGAGGAACCUUCCAGCACAUGAGUUGAUGAGGUCAUGCAUUUAACUUUUCUUUCUCAUAUGAUUGUAAUAGAUUCAUUGGCAAACAAAAUCUAUAACUCUCUAUAACUCUCUAUCUAUAAUAAUUAAAGGUGUUGUCCAUUGGUAUUUUUAUUUUUAUAUAUAAGACUCGCAGUGGGAUAAAAAUAAAUGAAGCCAACCCAUCACCCAUUUCUCACCACUGUGCUUCUAGAACUGCUCUGGUCCCUGCCGCUGUCCACUUUCUGAUCUCAGCUCAACAUACUUGAAGAUGCCUGUUCAGGUAAUCAUUAGCUGAUAUGUGUCACAGUUAUGGCCAGUGAUUUGCAGAGCAGGCAUCUACUGGGAUUUACGGCAUGGUGAGGUAGGACUAGGAAGUGGAGAGCAGCAGGGACCAGAACAGCAUUGAAAUGACAAUUUUGGGGGAUCUGUAGAGAUGAGUAUGAUUUCUUUUUUAACCCACUGUAAUCUCACUCUCUUUCUCUCUCUCUCUCUUUCUCUCUUUCUCUGUCCCCCUCUCACUAUUUUGAAAAACAUUAAAGGGGUUUUCUUCUAGAGUGUAAUAUUGAUGGCUAUUCCCAGGAUAGGUCAUUAAUAUAUGAUCAGUGGGGGUCUGAUUGCCUGCAGUUUGAAGAGGCCGCAGAGGUCCAGUAAGCACCAUUGCAUAUUCCUUGGCCGGUGAGGUCACAGUCAUCGGUCACAUAAUAUAGGAGCAGGUCAGUCUCAGUCAAGUAAAUGGGUCUGCAGCUACAAUACCAAGCACAGCCGCUAUACGUACGAUGCUGUGCUUGGUAUGCUGUGAAGAAUCUGCAAGGCUCACUGUUGUGCUGUGGCCUCUUCAAACAGCUUAUUGGUGUUGGUCUAAGAUUUAUACUGCCCUGUUAUCACUGUGAUGCCUGCAAAAUUUCUACUUCUCUAACACAAGAUAAGAUUUGCCAAUUCAAACUGCAGUCACCUUUGUGUCCUCACUAUAACAGCAUGGAAUUUCCAGUUGUGCUUUAAAGAAACGUCUGCCUACUUUUUCCAUUAUACAAGUAAACAGUAUCACAUCAGAUGCAGAAACCUACAUGAAUGUCGCAGGAGAUCAAAACUCCUGUCUUUUGUUUUAUAAGAAAAAUAAAAGUGAUGUGCCAUUUGUUAAUAUAAAGAGAAAUAUUAAAAUAUAUUGAAAAGAGCAAUUAUAAAUUAUUUUUGGCUUAUGUUGCAAUAUUUAUUUUCUUGUAUUAGAAAUUCCUUUGUAGACAAAAAUAUGUAUUUUUCAUUAAUGCAAAGACCUAUUUCUCCUUUUUGUACAUUUUCCAUGUUAGGCAAUCCUUACAGCAAUAUAAUAUAUGGAACUUGUUCAGUGUUACUGUAUAUGCAUGCAGUUUGUGUUGCUUGGAAUAGUUUUGUCUGCCAUUGUUUUCUUCUUGUUUAGAGUUCAGCUUUUGCUUUAAGACACGUGGGACCACAGCCCAUUGCUCAUACGAACUCUUUUUUUGCGUUCCUUCAAUGUGAUUGCAGAUACAGUUAAUAAAGCAAUGUUUUAUGUGUACA